UACAAAAUUGCAAGCAUUCUGCUUUUUAAAAUGGCGGACGGCGUUGACAUUGAUUUAUAUGACAAUAUAGAAGAUGAAUUUAGUCAGGAUGCAGAUUUUGGUGGAGGAGGAGAUUUGUAUGAUGAUGUUAUCACAGCAUCAUCAACACGUUCAAGUGCAGAGCCGAUGGACAGAUCUGGAAGUAAAACACCAUCUCGAUCUAACAGUUCAUCCCUUCCCUCAUCUACAUCUGCAGCCACGCAUACUGGAAAAAAACAUAUGCUUUACAUUGGAAACUUAACAUGGUGGACAACUGAUCAAGAUCUUACAGAUGCUAUGAGUUCUAUAGGUGUAUCUGAUUUGUUGGAGAUUAAAUUUUAUGAAAAUAGAGCCAAUGGACAAUCUAAAGGAUUUGCCUUGAUUAUUGUGGGUUCUGAGCAGUCUUCAAGAACUAUAUUUGACAGACUUCCCCGUAAAGAACUUCAUGGUCAGAUUCCUCAAGUCAGCCACUUCACUAAACAAGCUCUCAAUCAGUUUGAAGCACAGGCUCGCAAAACUGGAGGCGGUGGACCAGGAGAUGCUGAUCGCAGGGAUGAUCGAGGACCAUCAGGUCGGGACUCAUCUUCUAAUGGAAAUUUCAGACAUGAUACACUUUCUUUUCUAGAUAAGCGUGGUCCUUUACCUCAGGGAGGACCACCUUCUGGUGCUCCAGGCUUUCCACCAAGAAUAAAUGGCCCACCACCACCAAGGCAAGGACCACCUCCAGUUGUUGGACCACCACCUAGAGGGGCUGGUCCACUAAAUUUUGCUCAACUGGUCAGAGCAUGUACUGACUACUUGGCUACAGCACCUCCAGGCACACUUCCACCUGUGACUGGACCACCACCUGGAAUGCCCCCUCUACCACCUCGACCUGGUCAACCUGUUCCUCCUGGUAAUAGGGGUCCUCCACCCAGAUUAGAAGUACCACAGGUAAAUAUGCCUCCUAGGCUAGGUAUUCCUCCUCCUCACUUGCGACCACCACCUCCGUUGGACACAAGAGCGCCUCCUCCUAUGAGACCAGAAUGGGAGCGACCACCUGGCCCAGCUCAACCCCCUCCUCCUGGCACUACUUAUCCUCCUGGAGGCCCCCUUCCCCCACAGCCAGUACCACCACCUGGAUUGAGACCUCCACAUAUUGCUGCUCCAGGUUUGCCUCCUCCAACUAUACCACCAGUCUCAACUGCACCACCACCAGGACAUGUGCCUCCACCUGGGCACAAUCCUUUCUUUCCUCCUCCUAUUACUGGUCCUCCACCAACUGCAACUCACCCACCACCAGAUCCAUAUGGAAGACCUCCUCCAACAGCUAACUAUCAAGACACUUUGUAUGCCAGGCCACCACCAGAAAGGCCAUCGCGUUCUGAACUUAGAAAAACCCCAAUCAGGCAUGAGCCACCACCCCCUCAGCUGAGUGACCAAGAGUUUGAAGAAAUAUUUCAACGCAACAAAACAGUAUCAAGCAGUGCUAUCAAUAGAGCUGUCCAGGAUGCUAGCUCGGGUGACUUUCCCAGUGCUAUAGAAACUUUAGUUACAGCCAUCUCUCUAAUUAAGCAGUCAAAAAUAGCUGCAGAUGACCGUUGUAAAAUUCUCAUCAGCUCGCUGCAAGAUACACUUCAUGGGAUUGAAGAGAAAUCCUAUGGCUCUAGGAGCAGUAGACGAUCAAGAUCAAGAGACCGGGAAAGGGAUCGGGAAAGAAUGGAAAAACGGUCCCGACAUCGUUCACGUAGUAGGGAAAGAGACCCUCGAGAGUAUAGAGAACGUUCUAGGGAAAGAGAUAGAGAGCGUGAACGACAUUAUGAAGAUCGUCGUGAAAGGGAACGAGAGAGGGAGCGUAGCGAGAGAAGUGACAGAGGAGGAGAAAGAGAUAGAGAACGAUCCGAAAGAGAACGUACUGACAGAGAACGUGCUGAACGGGAACGCAGUGAUAGAGAGAGAGCAGACAGAGAAAGGGUUGAACGGGAACGAACAGAACGUGAGAGGACAGACAGAGAGCGUGAAUACAGUAGUCGGCGACACUAAGAUCAUUUUAUUUGACCAUACUGCUUGUUUUUCUUUAUGAGAAAGUUGCAAUGAAAAGUGACUGCUGCCUGGCCAGAAGUGCCCUUUCUAUGUUGUUCUACCUACAGUUUUAUAUUUACUCAAUUAGCUUGGUCUCAACGAUAACACUAAACAAUUGCUCAAAUGUUAGGGAGCCUACAACAUGCACACAAUUGUCUGAGUUGAUCUCAAGCAUGCUGUGUUAGUCAAUAUUAUUUUUUAUUUUCAAAAUAUUAUUGUGUGUGGGAUAAGUCAUUGUCCAGCUUCCGCCUUUAAAUGGCAUUAACUUAGCCAAGUUAGGCUUUUUCUUUUUUUUUUUUUUUUUUGUGUUGUUGUUGUUUAUGAUAUUGAUAUUCAAUGUGUUGUUAUUAACAGGGUGUCAGAAUGGGAGAUUUGAUAUUUAGUAGUUAUACAACUGUUACCGUAUGAACGCUAAGUGGGUUGUUAGGAUUUUGUUUUAUACAAGAUGGUGAAAAUUGUUGAAAUAACAUAUAUGUUUGUGGCGUAAAAGACUUAGAAUGGUCCUAACUAGUGAUUAGUGAGGAAACUUACCACAAAUAUGAGCUUUUAUUGAUCAGCUAUUAGGCUGCAUGUUAAUGGAUGAAAGUGUUCAAACUUGGUUGUAUUGAACUUGGUGAACAUUGUGUUCAAUAUAACCAAAGAAAUGGCCCAUUCAUUACUAUGUUCUAGGAUAAGUCUUCAGUACCUUCACUGUAAUUUGCAAGUGAUUGUGACUGACAGGCCUUUGUAAUGUUAUUGCCUUUGGAGCCAGAUUCUUAGAGACCUUGAAUGCUCUGAAAAUAAAUAAGAGAAAAUGUUCAGGUGUCAUUUGAAAAACAUAAUCCUAAUAGUUUUUUGAAAAAUAAAAAAGGUAUUGUUUUCCUUAAUUUUAUGUACACUAGAACUGUAAUAUUCAUCUCUAAAAGCUCUCUGUUUAUUUUUAAUGUGAAUUCAUGCCUAUUAACUCAAAUGAAUUAGCCAAAAUAGUUUUUAAAGUUUCAAUGAGAUACACAUGCAAAUUAAACUAAACAUUAUUUGAAAUUUGCAAGAUUGUGGUACGGAGAUUAUUUGUUUCGUCUUUUUUACCAAAUGCAUCUUAACUUUGUAUUUUGUUUUUUCAUUAGUGUCAAUUUAUUUGUCCCAUAUUUUAAUAUACCUAGAUUACUUUUUAAAGUUAUACCUUGUACUAGAACCAUUCCCCUGUUUGUUAGUGUCAUGGCAUUGAAAGGGGUUGUUUGAAUGAAUGAGAAAAGUCUGUUGAAUGAUUUUUAGAAAACCAAAUGUGAUUCAGGCUCCCGGCCUUAAAUAAGCUUGUCUUGUAGAGAUUCAAAUUAUUUGUGAUAACCGACUAUCUGUGAUAUUUUGUUGACUUGCGUGCAUUUAAACUUGACACCGUCCAUAUAAUUUUUUGAAAGGGUGCUAUACACGUACUUGUACAGCACUAUUUACACCGCUAUUGUCUCCACAUUCCACAUACAUCUCUUAGAUAUCAUCAUUUACAUAUGACAGUGCAAUACUUAUUAUUUUGUCCUAUCACUUUUGUGAUCAUUGCUAAAUGACUAAUGACUUCUUCAUUUCAGGUUAUUUGACCGCUUUCCUGACUUGCCAAAAAAAUGUUGUGAUUUUUUGUCAAUGAUUGUAUAUACAUGAAUUUUUUUGUCUUUGGUUUUCUAUAAUUUUGUUUUCUUCAGCAUUAUUUUCAACUUGAAAAAUGAAUUAUUUGAUAAGUGAGUUUUGUCUUGUAAUGUUUUGUAUUUUCUUACGAACUAGGUCUUUUAAAUUGUUUAAUUUAUUCUUUUUAUAUUUAUAUAUAUAUAUACACACAAUGCAAUAGUGAAUGGAGUAAUGGUGAUGAUAGUUACUUUUCCCAUAUUUUAAAUUUUGAGUGUUGGUCAGAUUCCCUCUCCAUUUUUAUGUAUAUGACUCUACACUUUAUGCCUAAAAAAAUGACUGGUUAGCAAAAUACUUUCUUUUUCUGGGGUUAUCAGUUUUUUGUUACUUUUUUUAAGCUGAAGCAAAGUGCCUCAGAUGGAAAAUAGGACAAACUUUUUUUUUUUUGAGAAAUUUUCUUUUGGUGUGACCAAGGCUAUAAUUUUUAAAUCCCUGACUGCAUAGCACAGUAUAAUAUUCUUGUAAUAGGUUCGUAUUUACAUACACUCAAGGAAUGUUUGAAGUUACCAAAUAUCCUUCUUGUAGUGUGUAAAUAAUUCGGGUUUGACAACAAAAAGCUGAUUGUUGAGGUACCCCUGCAAUCUAUUGGGCAGAUGAUGUAAAGCUCUUUAUCUUCUGUGGCUGACAGUUAAUGAGGGUAUCAUAUAGCCAGCACAAUUACAAACCACCCUUACUUCCCCUACAUAUGUCAGGCCCAAGUUCCAAAUCCCAGUCUUCAUCUGGAUUCAAACUUCGGGGACCCUCGCCCCUUUCCCCCCAAUUUGAAAUCAAUAAGUUCACCACACAGUUGUUAAUAGAUAUCUAUCACAGAUAUACCAUUAUACCUUGCUGUAAAAUAAUGAAGAAAUAAUCAAAUGGCUUUUUAUAUAAUAUACAUACAUUUGUGCAUUUAUUUUGUAAUUUAAAUUUUGUUUAUAAUGAUUAAUACCAUGGUUUACACUUUGCAGGUGCCAAGAAAAUGUCCUAAACUUUAACUAAAUGUGCUUAAUUUUAUAUGGCUUGCAUUACUAUAUAUUUUUAAAUUUUUUUUUUAAAUAACAGUUUGACCUGAUUAUAUUGAAAAUGGUUAUAUGAAAAGUGUGAUUUUUUUUUUUUUUACAUUUUAAUUAGCUGGUCAUUUCCAGUAGGAAUGCAUGGCUUCUCUAAUCAUUUAUAAGAAAUCUAGGCUAAUUAGAACAUUUCAAAUAUUUGUAACAGUCUACAUGCUAAAAUUAUUUAGAAAAAAAAGGUAAAAAUGAUGCUUUGAAUCACUAGUGUAUACUAGUUAUGCUUGUUUAAUCAGGGUGCAAAAUGACAUUGAAAUGAAAUGUCAGGGGGACAACCAUGUUAGGGCAUCAAAGGCAUGGCCUUUAUCCCAGUGUCAUUAUCUUUCCCCUAAAGUAACCCUUGCUACCUGAACCUUAAAAUGUUAAUGUCCAAUUUAGUCCUACAUUCUCACUCCUAACACCUCUACUGUAUGUACAUCUGAUUGAAAUAUAUUGGUAUGCAUAAAGCAAGAUGGCGUAUAUCUAGUUAGAAAUAUUUUACAUGCUACAGUGAAAAUAGAGGUGACAUACAUACAAAAGAUAGUUCUUCUGAUUGGUUGUGUUGAACAUAUAGAGUUAUCUGUCCAACAUAAUGUUAGACUGGGCUCAUAUAUAUUACUGACUGUUGGCCCUGGGGUUUGGUAUCUGUAACCAGUAUGUUUAAAUGCCAGAGUUAUUGACACUGUUGUAAUACUUAGAGAUAUGAGAGCUACUAAAACAGUUCAGCUCGAGAAAGUGUACUAAUUACCAAAGUUUCAUACAUGCUUGAAAUUCUCAUCUAAGUGACAUUUUGAGUGAGAUUUUAUACCAGUUUUAUGUCAGAACUUCUUUGUGCCCAGUCAUUAGUCAUAUUUUGUUUAGAAUGUGUGAACAUUGAGUGAUAUUUACACUGAAAGAGGCCCUCUUGUUCUGAUACUGCAUGUUACACAAACUGCAUUCACCUUUAAAUCUUGCAUGCUUUUACUUUUCCAGUUUUUGUUAGAAAUAACAUUUCUCUUGAAAACUGCAAUUGUUAGAAUACUAGGUUAGUGAUUAAAAUAUUGUUCUCUUGAAAGAUUUAUAUUGGCUACCAUUAUGCUACUAAGCCACUGCGUUUAGGAAUAGAAUGUGGGCAGUAUUAUGAUAGAGGCAACUAAUUAACUUUUCUUUCCGUUGUUUGAAAUGGGGCUGGAUGUUUUGUUAUCCACAAAAUGUAUCUAAACUGCCAAAGUCCCCAAACAUGUAUUUGUAUGAUCCAUUGUUGUGUAUAGGCUAACCUUUAUUGAUUGUAGUUCAUCAAUUGAAAUAUUCUUGUUUCAGCUAAAAACAAAAAUAUUUCUUGGUGAGCUCAAUGGUUUUUUUUUUGGGUGGGGGGGGGAUUUUAUUAUUAAUUUUUAAAUAGAUUUUAUUUAGCAAAUUUUUCAUGCUUAUAGCAUGCUCAGAGCGCUAUGAUCCAAUCUCUAGAGGGGGGAGUGGGUAUCAGGGAGGUUUUCCAUGCUGCCUUAAGGUGCUUAAAAAACAGUCUGGUGUUGUACUGGAUGCCCUUUGAUAGGUUGCCAUUGAAAUGAUAAUCUAUAUAGUUUAGUGUCCUCACCAUUAACUAUCACUAUUGUAUGUAUUACUCAAGUUUUAGUGGCUUAAAAGUUUUUCAGUAUGGGUUUCUCGUUGUAUACCUUAUGUCAUAUGUAGUAUACUGUGAUUGGUAACUUAUUUGUAAGAAAAAUUGCCCAUCUUUUUAUUGACAUUGGGCAACAGUGACAGAUUGUCUAAUACCUGCGUGUAAUAAUGAUCAACAUUUUAAUUGUAAUUAGACUUAAAUAAUUAUAAAAAAAAAAUCUUUUUUCAGAGAUCUAACACAUAAAAACAUUUUCCUCAAGAUUGUUAUAAUCUAAACGUAUCCAGUUUGUAAUACUUACAAUAGGGUUUAUAAGAUGUGAAACGAUUUCUUUAGUUAUUUGUCACAUGAACUGCUAUGUGUUAGUUAUCACAUUAAGUUUUGUAAAUAUUGCAGUGUGGUACUAUUGAAGCCAUACAUAUGGCAGAUUAUCAUAUUUAUAGUUUGCCCAAGAGAUUAUAUAGGGAAAUCAGUCUACGUAUAAUAGUUAAUAUGAAGUUUAAAAAUAUUUCCAUUACCAAACUUGAAGGAAAAGUAACAAUUGGUGUCCAUACAUUUCUCCCUAUAUCAUUACUAGACAUGUUAGUCUAGAAAAUAUUAACAACUGAAGGGUGUUUCUAAUUCAAGUAAAUUAGUUUGUCAAGUCACUCAGUACAUUCUAAAUGGCAUUAAACUGAAUAAUCAAUGUCAAUAAACUGACUGGUCAACAAUAGAGAGGUAGUAUUAUUAUUAUUAUUAUAGCUUUUAUAUAGCGCUACUUUCAUGCUUAUAGCAUGCUCAGAGCGCUUUUGGUCCAAUCUCAUUUGUGGUCCAGUGGGGGGGGGGGGGGGGGGAGGGGGUAUCUAGGAGUUGGUUUUCUGUGCUGCCUUUAGGCGCUCAGUAAACACAACUCUGCCUGAGUCGGGUGUCAAACCUCAAGCCCCCUUCUGGGUAGCCAAGCCAAGUUCAAACGCACUUGGCCUCUCGACCACGCUUCUCACUUAUUAAAUUGAUAAUUGUUAUUAAUGAACCCAUGAUUUGUUCACAUUUUAGUGUGUGUGUGUAUAUAUAUAUGUAUAUAUAUAUAUAUAUAUAUAUAUAUAUAUAUAUAUAUAUAUAUAUAUAUAUAUAUAUAUAUAUAUAUCCCUUAGCUUCCAUGUCAUCCAUUCCAAUGGAAGAACUGGAUUAAAAUAUUUUCUUUUUUCACAUUUGUUAAGUAGAAGAAUUUUUCUGAUUUUAACAUAUUUGUUUGGUUUUUCGUUAUCAAACACACAUAAGCAAAAAAUUAAUUCAAAGACUUAAGGACUUAUGCAGGUGAAGUAGAGUUUACCUGUGUGGCUAACAGUUUACAUAGGCUUGUGGCCUAUAGAAUAAGGCCAUCUCUAUGCAUCCCCAUAAUUAGAGAGCUGUUCAGACCACUUUUGAGACAAAGCACAAUUUCUUAAGAAAUUAUAGCGCUCUAGUUGUUUUGGAAAUAAAGUUCCACCAGAUCCUAAAAAAACUCAAUAUCCAUACUUAUUUAUAUAUAUUAAUGAUAAACUUCACUUCUGAUGACUUAUUAUGUAAAAACAAAAUCUUGUUUUAAAUUUACUUUGUGUACAAGUUACAGUUGCUAGUCCGAGUAGAAUGUAAACAUUCAUUGUUUCAUAUCAUUUCUACACAGAGUUGAUGGAAUCCUUAAGAACAAAAACCCUUUUAAUCUUUUGUUUUGGUGUCAAAUGUAGGGGCAGAUUAGUUUUUAGAUUUCUAUGACCCAAUCUUGUACUGAAGUUCUGCGCUGACCCUCACUGAAUUUAAUGUACUUGAAUGUCUUCAUCAGUUUUCAGUUUUGGUAUUAACUCAUUGUGUAUGUAUUGCAGCACAGUACAUUUUGGUGUGCCCACGUGUGCCAGUGAUUGUUUAAUAUUCUUUUUUAAGUCAGAUUAUUUUUUUUACAGAGCUUUGUUUAGAUUGUUAGAAGCUUUAAAAAAAAAGGAUUUUUUUCUCUUAUGUUUACGUUUUAAAAUGAAAAGGUGCUGUUGAUGUACACAGUGCCUCUAAAUAAUGACUGUUAGUUGAAAGUGGUCAUUUUAUUUUAAUUUAAAAUCAAAUUUUCAAGGAAUUCAUAAUUAUUUUAAUCAAAAAUCAUUUUUAUCAAGGUACCUUUUUAAAAAGCUCUUUUUAUUUUUAAGUGUUUGAAAGAACUUAUUUUUGAAAUAGUAACAUAAUCUUGAGAACUUUUUUUCAACAUUUGGUUAACAUUAAGUAAGAGUAUUUUUAUAAAAAAACAUUUAUAGAUAGACGUGUUAAGAGUUGUGCUGCAUUACGUAAAAGUUAUCUACAGAAUGAGUUAAUCAUUUUUGUUGAGGUUUAUACAUCAUCUUCAAACUACUCUGUCUUACUAUUUUGUACUUUUUAUUUUAAACCAUUUCUUUUAAGUUUUGCUUUUUUUUAUGUUUCUCUUGUAAGGUUGUAGUGAUAAAAUCAAUUAGAUGGAGUAAGCAACUAAAUAUAAUAAAAAAAAAAAGAGAACAGUUCCGAUGUGAAAUUCAUUCUUUUUAUUUACAACAAUAAUUUUGCGGAUUGCAGUUACUCCCAAUGUUAUUAGCUAUGCAAGCUUCCUUCUCACAGAAUUUGUCAAGAAAUAUAUUAAGUCUAUACAUUGUCGGUUAUAUAAAGUCCUUUUGAAAAUAUGCUCUAUACAUUGUCGGUUACUGUAUUUAAAUGUAUUAUUAAUGUUUUGGCAUUUACUUCACUGUUAAUAUUUACUCAGAAAAGUGAUUUAUUUUUACAUAACAGUAAACAUGGAGAAACUAGCCUAUGUAUAGGUCUGUUGAAGUGUAACUUGUUUAAAUGGUGGGGAAACAUCCAUAUUCUUACUACUUUUUAAAUUGUACUUUUCUUGAUAUCUGCCAUUUCGAAAAUCUUGUAUUUUCUGCAAAAUAGUUUUAGAUGUGCUCGCCAAAUCAAAGUAAUUGCAAUUAAGCUUUUUUUUUCAUUAUUCGUAACUGUGAUAUUUAUUCCCUAUCUGAAGAAACUGGUCUGGCAGAAAUGUUUUUGGGCUGGGAUAAAGGAAACUAUGUUCCCUUUCUGAAGAAACUGAUCUGGCAGAAAUGUUUUUGGACUGGGAUAAAGGAAACUAGGUUCCCUUAAAAAUCACCCUCUGGAUAUGCAGAAUAUUAUAAAAUUAAAUAGCUAUAAAUAGCAUUAAUAUUACUUGAAAUACUAAACAUUUUUUAUUUGUAUAGUAUGCUAAUGGAAAAGUUGAAUAAAUUCUACUAUUGUAGUUGUGCAUACAGUAAUAUAAUAAUAAUCUUUUAUAUGCUAAUAGAAUAAGUAUAGAAAUAUAGUGAACUUCCCACCCAUCUACACAAAGAAACUUGUGUUGUGCAAUUUAAAUUACGUAGUAGUAACACUUUGGUGUUUGAAUCGAGGAUAGAGAUGAACUAGUGGUGCCAGCCGAAUUGGCAGUCCAUGUGGCAUGUUGAUAGAAUGUUCUCUUUUUGACUCUUUUUUUUUCUCUUUUUUUUUUAUUUCAGAAAAAUGUGUCUUGUCUUUAAUCUGUUAUUCAUAAAUAUUUAAACAUGCACCUUAUUAUACAUAAUGUGUUGACAAUAUUGUUAGAGGUUUAUGACUAAUGCAGCCACCUCAGAUUUAUGCUAUUUAAAACGUUUCAGUUACAAACCAUUUUGUAUUAUUAGUUACCCUCUAAGUAAAUCAUGAUUUUGUUUCCAUAAGUCCUUAUUGUGUAUCCCAUUGUAGACCUUCUGGAAACCAAUGGGUGGCAUUUAUUGGGAUUUGUAUGGUUUAUGUUAAUACCGGGGGAUGGGAAAUAAAUGAACUGAUUGGAUCUUGUCAUUGAAAAGUUGUACUUCUUUUUUCAAUUGUCAGCUUCAAUUUAUUUAGUAUCAGUUUGCUGAUACUAGACAAAUGUAAGCUUCUGAAUGUAGUUUCUUGAAUGUGGUGCCAUAUUAUUACUAGAAAUGCCAUAGUUGUUCCCAUUGUAGAGAAAAGGCUACAAUGUCACUCGUUCUGAUCACUGUUUUUAGUUGAGAACUAAAGCUGCUUUAGUAUCGCCUCAGUUUCAAUAUCAAACUCAAGUAUUUCCAGUCUUAACCAUAUUUUGUUCAUAAUAAAUAAUACUUCUAUUUGCUUACCUUCAUCUCUGGCAUUGACUGUAUCCCUAGAAAUGUUAACCCCUGUGUAACAGCUGUUCAUGUGUUAGUUUUAUUCUGUUUUGGCCCUACAUAUGCAGAGUCUGUUAUACCUGAACUUCAACUACCAUUACCCAUUAAUAUUCAAAGAUGAAAUGAAAGAUGAUUUUAUGAUCACAAUCUGCUGCAUUUCACCUUUAGAUAUAUGCAAUGAAAUAUAUUGCUCUUGAUGACUUAGUGAUAAAGUGUGUAGGUAAAACUAGGAACUUAGUUGUAAUGUUUUCUUGAUUUAUUUGUUAUGUUGAACUCUCUAUAUCAACAUUUCAUUCAAAUGUACACGUUAGUUCAAUCAUUCUAUCUAUUUGAUGCAGUGCAAUUAUAAUUCCAUGUGUUUUCUUGACAAUGAAUGUGAUUUAAAUGAAAUACUGUAUAUUUGAAUGGCAUUUUGUAUAUCAACAUCUGUGGAUUGUACCUCCAGGGACCUGUUUGCAAAACAGCUGGACUAAAUUAAACCUUAAUUCUAAUUACAAUUUGGAACUCGAGGCAUAUUUAAAGUAGCAGCAGUUUUGCAAAGAGUUGUGCCCAUGUUUUUUGUCUGGUAUUUAUUGUAACUGACCAAGGCAUUUCUUCCUUAUCUGUUUCCCUUAGGCUUCUCCAUGUUGUAUCAAGUAUGUUCAGCUGGCCCAAGAUGCACACAGAGGAUUCUCUUAUAUGUUUACAACCAGAUCAUCAGUAAUGUAACUUUAAUCUGUUGAUGUCAGGAGUUGUUGCAAGGGCUAAUUGUAUUUUUUUUUUUUUUUUGCUGUCAUUUUUUGUUUCAAACUCUUGGGAUGUUCAAUGAUUAAAAAAAAAAAGAAGGAAGAGGAAAAGCCCAGCAGGGAAUUCAAGUUGGACUUGAGCAGUUUGAACUGGACAAGGGACAGCUUCAGAAAAUCUGACACAAGAUAACUAAGCCCUCAAGGACAUUGGUUGGACAGGCAAUUUUUUUUUUGUUUCACUAUUUGAUAAAUGACAUUUUCUUGCUUUUAAAUUGUUUUGCAUCACCACCAUCACUGCAUCAUCACCAUCAUCAUCAUUCAUUAUUUACAUUCAUUUUUUUUUUUUUUAUUAAAAAAUCAUUGUUUCAACUUUUUAUCAUAGAGAAAGCUUGGAAUGGUUACAGGCUUACAUAACUGUCUAUAAUUGUCUAUGUCCUGUGUUGUUUUGGUGACAUAAAUACAAUAGAAAAAAAAAACAUCA